ACAGGCCCAUGGCGCGACGCGUCGUCCUGCUGCCGCACCAGUACUGAACGUGAGACCAACUCCGUGCCAUUAUACCGGUUUUGGAGAAAUACGGAGAGAUAGAACCCUGGCGUGUCGAUGAGAGCGCGGAAGCCAGGAAUCGAGGCCUGUGGUCAGCGUGCGUCCGCUUCCGCCAGCGCUGCUUCGGGGAGAGCCAAGAGGCAGCGGGCAGUACGGACGCAACAUGCAGUACAGUCACAGGCAGAACCAGCUGCGUUCCAUGGCUGGCGGGCAAGACCCUAAGUGGCAGAAAGAUGCCGCCGACCAGAACUUCGACUACAUGUUCAAGCUGCUCAUCAUCGGCAACAGUAGCGUGGGCAAGACGUCCUUCCUGUUUCGGUAUGCCGAUGACUCGUUCACAUCGGCCUUCGUCUCGACGGUCGGCAUCGACUUCAAAGUGAAGACGGUUUUCCGCCACGACAAGCGUGUCAAGCUGCAGAUAUGGGACACGGCAGGACAAGAGAGAUAUAGGACGAUCACUACAGCAUACUAUCGAGGUGCCAUGGGCUUCAUUCUGAUGUAUGACAUCACCAAUGAAGAAUCUUUCAACAGUGUUCAGGACUGGGUGACUCAAAUAAAAACGUAUUCUUGGGACAACGCACAGGUAAUCCUAGUUGGAAAUAAGUGUGACAUGGAAGAUGAAAGAGUAAUCAGUUUUGAAAGAGGAAAGCAACUUGCAGAACAACUGGGAAUUGAAUUUUUUGAAACAUCAGCUAAGGAGAACAUUAAUGUGAAAGCUGUUUUCGAACGGUUAGUAGACAUAAUCUGUGACAAGAUGUCAGAGAGCCUGGACUCGGAUCCAAAUCUCAUGAAUGCUGGCUCUAAAGGAACACGUCUGACAGAACAGCCUGCUGGCCCACAAAAUGGAAGCUGCAAUUGCUAACUGCUUCUGGAACUGUAAAUUAAUCAAAAUAAGCAGCCACAAUGUAAUGGAAAAUAAAUUUAAUAUGGAAUUAAAUAUACCUGAAUAAGGAUGUUAACAUUUAAAACAGAAUUGUACAGUAAAUAUGUUAUGUGAUUAAAAAUAUUUCUUAAUAGUGAUAAGUGCCAGUGUGUAUUUAUCCAGGUGUCUAAAUAAUGAGAACUAACCAAACUUAGGAAUUACACGAAUACAAUAACAGAAAGGUAAUUAAGGUGACUGCAUUCUAUGAUACUUAAAUAAACAAUAGUGUAAGAAAAUGUUUGUGUGUAAGAAUAUAUACAUUCUGAAUCAUUGAAAUCGAAAUAUGUGUUUUCUGUUUUUAUUGCUUUGUAAUUGUAGUUACUGUCCAUUAUCUCUGGCUUCUAGGUUUCUUGUUGUUCUGUAUUUUCUAAUGUCAAACAUGUUACCUCAGCCAGUUGUAAGUAUGAUAGCUAACUCUGUUUAAAAUGAGGAAUAAACUAUGAAUAAUAUUCAUGGAGAGAUGUCAAUUUCUUGGGAAACAUUUUGUGGGUACAAAAUAUAAUUUUUAUAAUUAAUGAGCAUUGUUCAAGAGUGUUUAUGACAGAAAUAAGAUAAAAGCUUCAUAGAUCAAAUACACACUUCUUGAAGAACUGAAAUUCUUUUCACUGAAAGUCCUUCUGUAUUUCUACCUGUCUGUAUCUAGUGAUCAAUGCAAAUGUGUAGAGAAACAAAUUAAAUGUUCGUAUUAUGGCCUUAAGUAGAACUGUCAAACAGUUAGUAGCUUCACCUCCCAGUAUAAUAACAAUGUAUUCAAGGUAUUAUUACUGGAUAUUUCAGCAAAGAGCUUUAUUUGUUUCCAUGCAAUUGUUUGAAGUAGUAUGUGGCAUGUAAAGCAUUUUGUGUGCUCACUGUGUGUGUAUUUUCCUGAUCUAUGUGGCUUGGACUGUUGUGUUAUAUUAAGUAUUCAGUUGUCACAAAUGUGGUAUAUUUAGAACUUCAAUAUGUUUAGCAUUUUUGAUAAUAUUUCCCACUUACAUAAAUAUUUGAAAAACAUUCAAAGUAGCAUUACUUUUUAUAUCACAACAUUUGUGUUCAUCAGAUUUUUUUAAGUAACAAUGUUCUUUGGCUGUAUACAUUUGUUUCAGAACCUUUAAUUUUCUAUUUUAUCUCUGGUUUGUUGACGCAUGCCUGUAAAAGGUAUUAUUUUUUAUAAUUGGUUCUCAAGACCAUCAAUUGAGUACUAUUAUUAAUGCAUAUAGCUAUUAACACCUGAUGUCAUUGUGUGGCACAUCAUUGACUAUAAAACUGAUUGUAUGUUUAAUACAUGAGGGGUAGCAAAUCUAUAUUUUUAGACUUUAUUCAUGUAUGUCCUGAAAUGUAGGCCUACAGACAAAAGACUUUCUUUGUGUUCAGUGUCAAGGAAAAAAGUGUUAUUAGUUCUUUUGGACUAUAACAAGCCACUACAAAGAACUGCAGCCAUUAAAAAACCAAGUACACAAUUUUUAUGUUAUUUUCAUUGCUGAAUUGUGAAAUAAAAUAUAACCUUCCACAAAUGCAACCAGUGUACAGUUAGAAAUUCAUUAUUAAAUAUUGGUAUAAAUGACAUUUUCUGAAAUUUAUUUCAUUAUAUAUAGCUGUUAGCCAGUCUGAAUUUGUGAAGAUGAAUGACACACACAUAAAACCUAUUAUGUUGCAUUAUAUAGGUAAUUUUCCAAUGUAUAAUGUUUCUGCAUCUGAGUCAAAAAUCAACAACAGCGUUAACAGACCAAUUCACAGUUCAUGUAUAAUUCUAUCUUGAAAAUCAUAUUAUCAUAUACAGGUCACUUUUCAGAGAAAAUUCGUUAUAUCUUGUACAUCAAAAUUAAUCAGGGUUUUUAUUCUGCAGUCAGCAAAAUGUAUGUAACAUUUACUUCAGUAUUCAUUGUCUGCAGGAAAUAUAGCUCUGCCCUUUGUUAAAUGCAAAAUCAUGAUAUUAGUUUGCUGAACCGGAAGCAAAAGUGUAAAUAUGCAUAGUUUUGUUUGUACUGUUUAAAAUAUAUUUAUUAGUUGUA